CGAACCUACCUGGCGCUGAAGGUAGGUACCACCAAUUACUCGCCAAGAUGACGGGACGUGGCAAGGGCGGCAAAGGAUUGGGUAAAGGAGGAGCUAAGCGGCAUCGUAAAGUUUUGCGUGAUAACAUUCAAGGAAUCACCAAACCUGCUAUUCGACGCCUGGCUCGUCGUGGCGGUGUCAAGCGCAUCAGCGGCCUCAUCUACGAGGAGACGCGCGGCGUUCUCAAAGUGUUCCUGGAGAACGUCAUCCGCGACGCUGUCACCUAUACCGAGCACGCCAAGCGCAAGACGGUGACCGCCAUGGACGUCGUCUACGCUCUGAAGCGCCAGGGCCGCACACUGUACGGCUUCGGCGGUUAAGCGGAAUGCCUCGCGACGAAAGCCCCACGAACAACAGGCCUUUUUAAAGGCCACA